UAGAACGGAGCGGACGCGCCUCCCUUAGCUCGCUUGACGGAUAAUUCGAGUAACGCCUCGACCGCGCGAAGGCACGCGGUUAACGAAGAAGUGGACUAGUGAAUGUGUUUGAGAUGGAUGAAGUAAUUGUGUUGUCGGACGACUCCAACGACACGGAGGUCUUCCACAUGGAGACGAGUCAUCAUGACGGAGGCGACGAAGCGAUGGAAAGGGAGUUCCUCACGUCGGACGGCGAAACAGACGGUAGCUCGGUGGAGACAGACGACUGUUCCCAGGCCCCGGAAGGAUCCCGGUUCGCAGGACUCCGCGGAGGCUUGUGGAGCCCCCGACCCGGCGGGUCGCGACAAUAUCAUCAUCCGACGUCGCCCCAGUCUGCUCCCUACCGUCUGGAAGACGACGAAGACGACGCCAGUGACCGGGAUUCGGAGAUGUUCAGCAGGCCCCCACGUUCCAGGGAAAGCUCACCAGGUGGAUCCAGCGGUUACCCCAACGGACGACGACCGGGGGAGCCGUACUAUACGGAGUCCCGACGGCCCACCUCGGAGGAGGAGUACCCGUGGACCCGACGCGACCCUCGGUCGGGCCAUCCGGGUUACCCAAGGCCCAGUCCUCCACGAUUCCCGGACGUGGAACAUUCGUACCACCAUACGUCCGAAGACCAGGUCUGCCGGUAUGCGGGACACGUCUCGUUCAUGCGCAUCGACGUCCGCUCGGUAGUAGUCAAAGUCCCGGGGUUACCUGCAGAGGGACCCUACGUCGACGAACCGCCAUCCCCGCCUCUGCCCCCGGCGUUGGAAAACAACAGAGCGAUGGAUCCCGACGUUGACGUCGAGAAGGCAGUCGGCGAGAGGAUAGGACAACCGAGGACCCCGCCCCGACGUACUGUAGUGCCCACCGUGUCGGUGUCUCUAGGGGUUCAGACAUCCCCAGUCGUGGAGCGGGUCAAGGAGGCGAAAACGUCUAGCCAGAGUACCCAGACCUCUCCGGCUAACCAAGAUCGGGUACAGGAGGUAGAACCCGUACAGGAAGCGGGACUCCCCGAACCCAGGGUCAUAACAUCAGACUCCCCGGAUCCCGUAUACCUGGCGGGAUUCGAACUGAUCUCCGACAGCGAGGACGACGAAGGGGAAAGGCCAUUAUUCCGCCGGUGCUUCCAGACGUCGCCGCAGCAGGAUCCGCGGGACGUGGACACCUCGGCCAGACCUCGGUCAGAUUACCCCUAUCGAGGCGACGCUGGACAGCGGUGGGACGGGGCCGUAGAUCCCCAGCACUUCCCUAGCUGUGCUCAUCCAAUCGACCAGCUGACCGAGUGGGAAGAUCGCUUGUUGGACCAGGUCCUAAUGGAUAUUUCGGAGAUUGAUUCGACCGAAUCCGCCGCUAGGGAUACCCCACCGAAUGCCACGACGACGGACGGCGUAGAAGCCGUGUCGAACUCCGCACUGGAGUUGACGGAACCCGCAGGAAAGGAGGACGACCUCUGCCCACUGCCGGAGGGCUGGAUUGGUGGUAGCGGUUUACGGUACCUACCCAGACGUAUCAUCCAGGAGAUCCAGAGGAAGGUAGCGACCCGGGCCGGCCGCGGACGCCGAGUCCGCAUAGCCAUAGGAGGCGACGGACUCCGCUUCAUCGUCACCAUCAAGAGCGACGGGCGCCUCUUUAUCGCGCCGCGGGAAGAAAGGGGGGGGUGUAACGUACACACUUAGGCGUACGAUACAAUUUUUGAAUAAUAAUAUGUUAAGUUAUAGGUAUAAGCGUCAGACCGUGAAUAUUAAAUAUUAAGUUAGUAGUAUGUAAGUUAUAGGUGUAAGUGAUCCAUAAUGAAUAAUAAAUUUUAAGUUGAAACUGAAUA